AUGAACAAAACAGUAGCGAUUCUUGCCAUAAUUGGCACUGUUACCCUCGCCCAAUUCGGGAUGGACAACUUCCCUGAACGAGGAGGCCCAGGUGGCCCAGGAGGACCAGGCGGACGAAGAGGCCCAGGAGAUAGGUGGGGCCCUGGUGGUCCAGGAGGACGAGGUGGUCAUCACCCUCAUGGGCCUCCACCACCACCGUAUCUUCGAAAUGUGAGCGACUCCGCCAGACAAGAGUAUUUCUCGAUUGUGAAAAAUAUGACUUUAACUAUUGCUCAGCAAAAGGAAGAGAUUAAUGCAUGGGGAGAAAGAAAUGGAAUUGCGGUGAGUUCACGUUUGCCUGUUGAAGAGGCUCUUUUUGAAAUUUAUUCUUAUAGGACCAAACAAAAUGUUACUCAGUUGGUCUCUGAGCUUCCUCAAGCAAUACAGAGAGUCUCCGAGAUAAUGGAUAACGAAGAUCAAACUCCCAGACAGCUUUUCGAAGCUCUCAGAAAUCUUACUGAAGAAAAUCCACGUCUCUACAAUAUUGCCAAGUUCGCUACUGAAGCGUUCAUGAGAAGACCACAUGGACCACACGGGGGCCCAGGCGGACGAGGAGGACCAGGUGGAAUGCCACCACCACCGUUCGGUGGACCCGACACUGAUUUUGGAGCACCAGAUUUUGGAAGACCAGAAUUUCAGCAAAACAACGGUUUCGGAAGCCAAAGAGGCAUGAACGGUUUUCAAGGUACUCAUAAACUGUUUGGAGCUCAAAGCAGAGUUUGUCAACAAUAUCUUGAUCUUUAG